AAAUUAAUUGGUUUAUGUGAAAGUUAUAGCGUCUACAGAUGACGGUAUAGAUACUUGAAUAUUUUUUUUUCUACUAGUAAUGGCGGCGAUCAGCGACUUAUAGUGGGACUGUGGGACUUCAGCGGACAUUCUGACACUGGGGGGAACUGACUUGGUGUCACUGACAUCCCCAGUGACACUAAUACAGUGAUCAGUACUAAAAAAAAAAGCACUGACCCUGAACUAAUGGCACUGGGCAGGAAGGGGUUAACCGCUUCCCGACUGCCCAAUAGCAGAAAUACUGCUACAGGGUGGCAUGGUUCUCCUCCCUGUCAGUUGGGGCACACUGCUUUGGAUGGCUGUGCACAGAACAGCUAUCCAAAGCAGUGUGCUUACAGUGAAGCA